AUGGCCCCAAGGGCAACGAGGCAUCUAAGACUGCUGCCUCAGUUGAAAUGCUUAACGGCCUUGAAAAACCUCCAGCAAGUCUCAGAAUUAUAUCUAUUUGACGCACUUAACCUCUUGAGUCGCACGACACUGGACGUGACGAAUGUUCACGGUAUUCAAUUUUCACGGUGUUAGAUUACCCAAGAAAGUUUGGAAAUGCAGCUAAAGAAGGCUUAAGGAGGAAAACCCAUUGGUCGGCAUACUAUUUAACGAAUCCAAAUUCUUGAUAUCCUGUACCCGAACGUGCCAUGAUCCUUUCGGCCAUACCGACAAUUUAACCAUUACCACCUGUACCGAUGGACCACAGAGCAUACAGUCACAGCAGGCGCUGCAACUCAAUCAGACAUUAACCUCUUGGCGUAUUUUCCAUUGUCUUCAGAGACAGAGGGAUGCCGAUCGUACAUGAUCGUACAGAGUAUACAGAAGAUGAGGGACUGAGCCUAAACAUUUGUCGCAGCGGUGCGUCAGCGCUCUGUCAAACAGGAAACAACGACGGCAAGAGCUGGAACUCCCCCUCGUACCUCUAUCAGAGAGAAAUUAAGCCGGGCGAACCGGUCAGCCUCGAACGUUCUGACUUGAAGGAGCAGCAAGAAAACAGCGGAAAACAAGACGAAGAGGAAGAUGGAAUAUUAGAGUACGAUUCCCGAGUGAUGAUGGUGACAUUCCAUCUGUGGAACAAGAGGCUGAUUUUCACCUCGGAAGAGGUUCCCGCUUAG